AUGUCAUUGCUGCCGGUCAAACCAAAGCGGCGCGCGGCCGUGGACGAGGCCGUGGAAUUCAUCCGCAUCGCGCGCACCCGUGCCUAUCCCCACAUCAGCCGCAUUCUCGCCCGCGAGACGGCUGAGGUGACGCGCCGGGCUGCGGCCGUCGGCGAGACCCUCCCGGCCCUUCGCAGCGGCCCCGUCCUCGAGGCUUUCGAGGCCGUCCGGUCAGCCCGCCGCGGGGCCGCCGACGACUCGCGGCGCCGCCUGGCCCACCUCGCGCGUGCGGCUGAAGCGGCGCGGCAUGUGCGGGAGGCGGCGGCGGAUUGGACUGCGGGCCGCGAGGGGAUCGCUCGCGGCUAA